UCCGGGGUGAAGCCAAAGAACUGUGCUUCAUACAGCUGGAGGGAUUCAGAUCCCACUGAAACUAGUGAUAAGAGAGGUGAUGACGUGUCAAGAAGGUGCCGGAAGCCGCGUUGUCCCUCCAAAAAAUGGCAUACCAGACAAUCCGACAGGAAUAUUUACAGAUUCCUUUGGUUACUAGAGCUUAUACCACCGCCUGCGUACUCACUACAGCAGCCGUGCAAUUAGAACUCAUCACACCUUUCCAGCUUUACUACAACCCCGAUUUAAUAUUGAGGAAUUAUCAGGUAUGGCGGAUAAUAACCAACUUUUUGUUUUUUGGUCCGGUUGGGUUCAACUUCUUAUUCAACAUGAUAUUUUUGUACCGGUACUGUCGGAUGCUGGAGGAGGGAUCCUUCAGAGGGAGAACCGCUGAUUUUGUCUUUAUGUUCCUCUUCGGUGGCCUUCUCAUGACUAUAUUUGGCACGUUUGUGACUCUUGUGUUCUUAGGUCAGGCUUUUACCAUCAUGUUGGUGUAUAUCUGGAGCAGGAGGAACCCAAACGUGCGCAUGAAUUUCUUUGGCCUUUUGAACUUCCAGGCGCCCUUCCUCCCUUGGGUGCUCAUGGGAUUCUCUCUGCUGCUAGGGAACUCCAUCAUUGUGGACCUUUUAGGCAUUGCAGUGGGACACGUGUACUACUUUCUAGAGGAUGUGUUUCCCAACCAACCAGGUGGCAGCAGAUGGCUGAGGACUCCCUCUUUCCUUAAGAUGCUCUUUGAUACACCCGAGGAAGAUGCCAACUACAACCCUCUCCCUGAGGAGCGUCCAGGAGGCUUUGCCUGGGGUGAGGGUCAGCAACUAGGAGGCUAGUCUCAGCACCCGUGUGCCUGCCGAUUAAUGGACAUCUCUGAGAGCAAGAGAAAGAAAAUAUAUUUUCUACUUGUUUCUCUUGUGUACAAAAGAACGUGAGCUCUACUCAUCGAGCAAAAGGGACACUUGCAGUUUGUGUCCCAUAAUGCUCCUCUGACUGUGGGCAUGGGUUUAAAAAGAACUGACUUUUGCCAUGUUGCUGCCCUGCACAACAGUGAUCACAAAUCGAGCAGCUGUGAAAGAGAAAUAUCUAUUGAUCGUCACCAUUUUACUUGUUUUCUUUUCUUUUUUUAAGAAUAAAUGUAUGUAAAAAGUU